CGUCCGCUACGAACCGCUUAGUUUCGGGUGAGCGUACGAAUCGGUCGUAUCGCAUCGUGCCAUCGCGUCUCCCGGCCUGUCAGUCGGUCGCGGCCUCCCUCUCUGUCUCUAUCAGUCGGUCGUUCAUCGCGAAUUUCUCUCUCGUUUAAACGACAAACGCGUAACACUCGUGGUACACGUUUGACGCGGUAUCACGCGAUUUUUAACACUCGACCAGCGCUCGGCUCGACCGAUCAUCGUUCUCCAAAGAUCGUCUUCGUCCUUAACGCAGAUCGCGCGCGAUAUCCACUUCAUUGAGGGAUACCAAACCCUUUCCAGUAGCAGCAGCAGCUUGUCGACGCCCUGGACCCAACUCUCUCUCCCUCUAUCUCUCUCUCUCUCUGCCCCCGUCUCUUCCGUCGUUUCUCUCGUUCUUUCCCAUCCAGUCGCCGUGGCUGGCUGCAUAGUAGCCCGCCGUUUAUCGAGCGUGCACGUGCUCCGUGUCGUCUCUCCUGUCGCGCUCCGCUGACACGUUUCUAGCAACCCGACGGAUCUCGUUUAUACCAGAACAGAGUCUUCCUUCGGAUCUGGUUCGGUCGAAUAUACCUAUACCUUGCCAUAUACGUGACUAACGAUGAAUUUAGUGUGAUCUGACGGGCGUGCGUUGCAUCUGGAUCCAGAGAAUCGGAUGUUUCGCGAAAAAGAUCGAUAUUCGUGGGAGUAUCUUGGAGGCGACGAUUGCAGGUGCUCUCGAGCUCAUUUGAAACAUCACGAACAGUCUACGUUACCGUAGAACUCCAUUCCGGUUGAAAUUUCUGGUGUGCAACUGUACGGAGCACGACCUGUUGUUUGGGAAUUAUUGGCCGUCCGUUGUUGGCCAGUGAGUUGUGUGUUGGCCGUGAGUGAAGGUCGGGCAAGCUAGAAGAUAGAUCACGGUACAGUGACCUGACGAAUGUGGUGCGUGAAUUAUUGAGUCGCCUUUUCGUUCGCCGUGGCUUGUUGAUUUCUCAGGAUGGGCUGUGGACUGGAUUUACUUUGCAGGAUUACCGGCUGGGACAUGAUCGCGACGAUUCUGCUGCUGCUCCUCGGCUCUGUUCAACUUCCUCAAGGCGUUAAAGGGAGCAGCGAGCCAUGGCUGAAGAGCGUAAAGCACGCCGAACUAGGUACAGAGGUGCAACUACCGUGCGUGCUGAAAUUGCCACAGUGCGAAGGGCUUCACAGCAUCAAAUGGUAUCGCGGAGCGACGCGUAUCUUCAUUUUCAGCGAGGACGUCGGAAUUACGCGCGGGAACAACGACAUCGCCGUCAGGUCGGAUAUAGAAUACACGACAAAUUCGUCGAAGACUUUCUUGAAGAUUCCGGACGUUAAAUUGGAGGACGAAGGUCUCUAUAAGUGCGAAGCUACAUAUCUGGCAGUGAAUCGAAAGUGCAAUAAUGUCCAGCAUAUCAUACUUAACGUCACCGUGCAACCUGCAUUCGUACGUGUCAUCGACGAGAACACGAAGAACACGUUAAGCACUGGUGCCACUUUAGGACCUAUAAACGAAGGUUCGUCGAUUUCCUUGUACUGCGAGAGUGGCGAAGGGAAACCGGUGCCUACGGUCGAGUGGUUCAAAAACGAACAACCAUUGGAAGCGCUCAGCUCGACGAUGAUCGGUGAUAAUGGAGUAGGGAACGCGAGCAGCCAGUUGCAGAUGCAAAUUACACGCGACGAGCUGAAUUCAACUUUCACGUGUAAAGUCAAUAGUACAGCCCUGGUCGAGCCCCUGACCGUCGAUAUCAAACUGGAUGUCCAUGUCCGGCCACUGAAGAUGGAUUUGAACGGGGUGGUGGGCCAUGUGGUGCAAGGGACGAGAGUUAUGCUCGAAUGUACUGUGCUAGCAGCCAGGCCGGCCGCGAACAUCACCUGGCAAAACGGUACCGAGGUUCUGAACGAAAGUAACGACAGAAUUCAAAUACAAGAGGCGAAGGUCAAGGAGAAUAAGGAUGGCACGCUGCAGACCACAAGUUCUCUGGCUUUUACGGCGUCCGUGUACGACAACGGAAGAACGUUCAAGUGUUACGCUGAGAACUCAGUUACACGUUCUGAAGACAUGAAACCGAUGAUAGAAUCGAUAACCAUCGAAGUUUUAUAUCCACCUAUAGUAACAAUUAAACCAGAGAACAUCACUGUGAACGAAACUGAAGAUUUUAUAGUAUUCUGCGACUACGAAGCGAACCCGGCCACUCUGUUAAAAACAGCAUGGUAUCGAGACGAUAAGGAACUGGUUCUAACCGACGACCACUACGAGGGUGGUAUCACGGAACAAACGGCUCUUACCGUGAAAAAUGCGACCCCCAGUGACAUGGGCUCUUACAAAUGUGUACUAGAAAAUAACAUUGGUUCAUCAACGUCAGAGGACAUCGUACAGGUCUCGGUUCUAUACAAGCCAGUGGUCAAGGUGAUAAUGGACCCGGAAACGCCAGUGAACGAAGCAGACCGGCAGAACGUCUCGCUGACCUGCGAGGUUGUUACUGGAAAUCCAGCAAGCUUGACCGCCGUCCGAUGGUACUUGGACGGGGACCUGCUGAAAGAACUUCCGGAUUGCACGAGAAAUAGCAGCGCAACCACCACGACCACCGAGGAAUCUUUAAUUUUCUGCGAUAUCGAUCCGAGCAAGCUGCUGUUGGAAGCGGUGGGACGUUCCUUUCACGGGAACUACUCUUGCGAGGGUAGAAACGACGCUGGCUGGGGACCACUUUCACCGAGUGCACCUGUCAUGGUCCAUUACAAACCUGGGCCAGCUUCGAUCUCGUACGAGCCCCAGCAGGUAAUAAAGAAACGACCAUUGACAAUCACGUGCUUCGUACUGGACCCAGGACGGCCAAAGGUAGUUGGCUUCAAAUGGUUACGAGGCCUUCAUAGACUUCCGGAUGAAAACAACGCUACCCUUACCAUCGAGUCGGUUAAUUUGGAAACCGAAGCGAACUUUACUUGUCUGGCUUACAACGAAGCCGGCGACGGCGACCCGGCUACCACGUUUAUCGACGUGUCUGCGGAGCCAACGUUUAUCAAGAAGCUGCUCCCUUAUCACGGCUACGUGUACAAUUCGCCGAACGUUAGCAUCAUGUGCUGGGUAGAGUGCGCUCCGAUGUGCAAUAUUUCCUGGCUAAAGGACGGCAUGCCGAUGGAUUUCUCGAAAACGAACCGAUACUACCUGUCGAACGUUUAUCAUCCGCCUGAUCCGCGAACGAAUGACUUCGAAAGCAUUCAAUCGACCCUGGUGUGGAAUCUAACUGCCUGGCCGAGUGGCCAACUCGAUCGCGUCGAAGACAACGUCAGAUUCACCUGCGAGAGCAGCAGCAACAGUAUUGGUGCUGGAGUGAAAAGUAGCACGCACUUCCAUGUGGAAUUUCCGCCAGAAAAUAUGACGAUAUCAAAGAAGAUAAUAAACGUGACGGUCGAUACGAUACCGGAAACGGUGAGCUGCAAUGCGAGAGCACAACCGGAGCCAACGUUUCGUUGGUUUCGGGAAGGUUCCACAGACACUAUCAUCGAAGGCCGUGUCCUCGAUCUGAAAGUGGCGGUGCCUAGACGCAGCAACGGGACGUACUACUGCGAGGCAUCGAAUCGCCACGGAAGCCGGAACAUUUCCAUGGUCAUGAAUGUUCAAUUUAAGCCAGAAUGUCACGUGGAAAGGGAACGAAUAGACGGGGAGGAUUACGUCGUGUGCUCAGCGACGGCCAAUCCGAAAGAGACUGAUUUCGUUUGGUCGUUGAAGAGUGACAAUGACACGCUAGAGCAGAACGCCGAGAUGCGCAAUGGGAAAAGCUACAUCCGCCUCGAUGCGUCGGUAACCAAUUUCCGGACGUACGUUUGCGUUGCUAACAACUCUAUCGGCCAUUCCAAUCCUUGCGACCGCGAUGUACCAGCUCACCAUGGACAUCGAAGUCAUAUACCGUGGUGGCAUCAACUGGAAGGAAAUCUUCUUCUGAUAGUCAUCGUUGCCGCAGUUGUCCUUAUACUUGUGAUAAUCAUCAUUUGCGUGGUGAUCUUCAUCGUUUGCCGACGCAAACGAAAUCAGAUGAAAUAUCCCAAUCAAGCUGCGAAUAACAAUCACGUGAACAGCGUGUCGGAGGGCCUUCCAGAGUCCGGGGCGAAGACGUUUUAUGAGAAUCUACCCUUCCAUGGAAUCCAAGCGCCGCCUAACAAGCCCUUCAAGCCGGAAUUUUCGGAUCUCGACUACGCGGACGUGGACUACCGCUCCUAUGGGCCGAUCAACUACAAAGCUGCCAGCAUCGCGCUCCUCCAAAAACAGCAACAAGCACAGAAGCAACAGCAACAGCUUCAAGGACGACGGCCGCAGAUGUAUGGUGUCACAGACGAAAACGAAGAUCUUCUUUAAUUUGUUUUUCGUUUUCGUUAUCUCCAAUUUGUCUUCCUUUUUGUUCAUUUAACUCUUAAUUGAUAUUAUUGGAUUGUAGAUAAUUCAGAAGAAUUUAAGUCAGGUUAUUUAAUUCGUUAAGGGCAAACUAUGCACGAAUGCAGUAUACCUCAUUUGGGAUUAUUUUUAGGUCAAUUCGCAUCAUUGAAUUCCGUCUUUCGCAAUUCACAGAUAUUUGCUUCACAUUUCUCUUCGCUGACACUUUUCCUUUGUAUAUCCUACAAUUCUAUGAAACCUAUUGCAUGUCGAGUAAUGAAAGUUUUUGUUUGUUUAGUGAAAUUAUCUAAAAUACUCAUUAUUCGUAAUGUGUUUUAUUUAUUACACAGAGGAGUAUAUUAAUUUAUCUAGCUUUUGCAAUAACGAUGAAUCAACGUAGCUUGUAUUCAUAAUCGUUUCGUUACUUGGUGCUUGAUAAGUUCAUUAUAGUGUGACUGUUAAUACUUCGUGUCAAUCUUAAUUUAUCGUGUAAAAUAUCGAAUAGAGAGAAAGAAAGAGAGAGACAAAUAAAAAUUAAACUUUCUAGAAUUACGUAACCAAGCUUAAAUUUAAUACAAAUUUUCCUGCUCAACUAUGAUCCAACUGUAUUGGUUGAAAGUUAAGUUUCUCUUUUUUUAACGCGAUGUUACGUGAAAAUUACCUUGUGGCCAUAAUAAUAUCGUAACGUGUGUAAGAAUUGUGAUUAACGUUUAGUGUUGAUUACGUAAGCUUCUCUUGCGAGCUUUAAUGUUAUUACGGAUGAGUGUAUACCUCGUUUCUAUCAUAGUUCAGUCGUUUUGACGAACUCGCUGCGAGUGCACUUGGAAUGGAAAUAUAUUUUCGUUUCGAAUCGAUUCAUUAACGUUCAAGUCUUAAAUUUACCAACCUCGAAAUUUUCUCAUUUUUAAACGUUAGUCCUUGAUUCAUCGAAUCUCCACCUUUUCAAUUAUUCGUAUUUCGAAAUUUUUUAAUUUCCAAAUUUUCAUGUACUUCGAUUUUUUUAAUCUUACGAUCUUCAGAAGACUAAGUAAAAAUUCCAACAUUCGCAUCUUAAAAUCGAACAUUAUUUUAAAAUGUUGAUAAUUCAAAAGAUAUUCAAAAACAAUUAUUUUCGUCGAUUCUUUUAACAUAUGAAAAAUAUGUUACCAUUGCAUUACCAAUGCAAAGUUUAGUAAACAUUUCACAGCGAGUUCAUCGAUGCGCCUACAUCUCAAAGCCAAAGAAACAGUUACUUGCUUCAGUCGUGUCUCGAAAGACUUGCACCAAGGACUAAACCGAUCUAACGUCCUCCCAAAUCAACUGAUCACCAAAUCGCGUCUUCCUUUGCAUCCUUUUACAAAGCUAAUUAUCUCGAUAAUCUUAUACGCCUAAAAUAACCUCUCUUCCAUCUUAACAUCUUAAGAAAGGUAAUUGGAUUUCCUUGUUGCGGGACUUUCGUACAAACGACCAACGAUCUAUACAAAAUCGAUAUGAUCAAUCGAUAACUAUAGCCCGAAGGACGCGAUUUAGAUAGUCGGUACGAUCCACGAGAAGGACUAGCGAGUUACGAUACCUGUAAAUUUAUACAUAAAAGAAUUCGUACGCGAAAUUAUAAAUAAAUGGUACGUUUAUAAGCUAUUACCAUGUGUUCUGGGAUCAAAUUGUCUAAUUAACAAGCGGCUAAAGGGGCGAACGAUCGAUAAACGUUAAAUAUUAAAUAUACAAAUAUAUACAUAUAGUAUAUAUACAUAUAUAUAUAUACAGUAUCUUGUUAAAUGUUAAAAGAAGAAGAAGAAGAAGAAAAAUUGAGACAUAUCGCAGCCAUUGUCGAGCUCUCGCGCGUGUCUCCUCGAAUCCGCGAUCCUCGCGAGAUUGCCGGCUAUAAUUAGUGUAAUUCUCCUCGCUUCUUGCUCCUUUCAAUUUUUUGUAACAUAAAUUCUCUCCCCAACUAUGUCCCACCGUUUGUAAGUUUGUACAUUAUGCGAGGAAACGAAGUUUCCAAGAAAAAUCCACGAGGAAAAUCCCCUCCAAAAAAAAAAGAACAAAUAAGAAAGAGAAAAGAAAAGGAUAAAAAUAGGAAAGAGAAUAGAAGAAAAUGACACAAGAACACGUCGAGAACGCAACUAUCGUCAUCGUCUCGAGCAAGUUUUCGUCCGAUUUCUGGCGCUUAACGAACGAAACUCUGUCUCACAUAUCGUUCUUGUAACAAUGUCUUCUUCGUGCUGCCAUGGCAGAGUCGCGUAUGGUAACAUGUGACACCGAGACGGAAGCAACCAGACAGCCAGGGAACAGCGGUUUAUCGUUAGAUCGAUGGUGGACCUCCGUGAAAUCGUAUUUUUGCCGAGGGAAACCGACCUCCCGCCAACUGCGACGCAACGGUUCGCCGCAGGAUUCGUUCGAGGAAAAAUUGGAUCCUCCAAACAAUUCUGGCCGAAUCGUUGACGUGCUUCUACCGGAAGCUGCGUCAUGCGCCACGGUUAUUAAUUUUUCUCAUUUUUCUUCCUAUUUAACUGUCGACCGAUAUGAAGUUGGACGAUAGUUGGACAAAGAUUAACUCGUGUUCAUUCUAUAAUUGAUCGUAUCGUGAAUUUGAUCAAGCGAAGAGUUUGGUUAAAUGAGGAUGAGAAUCGAAUUUUGUAGAUGCUGAGAAUUGAUUCAAUGAACAUUGUUAUAUUAUCGUUUGUAUACUUAUACCGUUGUUUCUUAUUGGAGAAAUUAUCAAUAAAAAGAUUAAUCGUCUAAUUUAUCGAUACCUUUGCUACUGAGGUUCACGGAUAGAUCCAAAUACCAUAAUUCAUACGUGAAUUUCCAUAGUUGUACACGAUGUUGCGUUCACGUUUUUGGUACGAUACGUACACAAUGUUACCAAGUUGCUUAAUUUCAAAGUACUUUGUUCUAAUUUUAUCCUGCAUUUUAUAUGAUAAAUAUCAUCCAUGUUAUCUAUUUCGCAAAAUAUAUAAUACAAAUUAGAAUAAAGAAGAUCAAAUCAUCUAACUUAAAAGUAAUAUCCACACAGUUACCACCACCCAUAAUCAAACGAUAUCGGUAAAGGUUAAAAAACUUUGCUUCCUUCAAUUUCUCAUCGAAUACGCGCAACAAACCAUAGUAAACCAUUUCAUACGAUUCAAUCGUUCUUCUAGAAAGAAAACUAACAUUCACGUGCGCGGAACAAAUUCAAAUAUUACUCAGCACGGAAGCCAUGAUGAAUCUUGCGGUAGAUCUUUGAGAAACCGUACUGGUUUCGUCGUUCAACUAGUUUCGCCGAUGGUAAAUUUACAAAAUCGAAUAGAUGUCUAGUCGGAAGUAUCUCGCGUGAACUUAUCGUCCAUCCAUCCGUUCGUCGAGACAUCUCAACUUUCUAAUGGAAAAUCGCGUCGAAUUUCAGCAAGUUCGAGACACCUUCGACCAACACAGUUUCCAUUCGUUGAUUCCCUUCUGGUUGUCUGGGAAACCGGGAAUGUGUCGCUGUAACUAUCUAGAUAUCCGCUGGCCCCGUCAGUAACGGCAAAACAUAGUGUUUGGUAUUGUUAAAAUUCACAGAAACAGAAAUUACGCCGCGGAACCAAAGUUUUACGAACAUAGUCUACAACCUCCAUUUAUUUGAAUUUCAUUCGUUUUAGUUUUACCUCCGUGUGUGUUUUAAUUUCAACUCCUGUCAAUUAAAUCCAUUAUUAUCCGAAUGUGAGUUCUUAUUGUUAAAUCGUUUAAUAUAUUCGUGAUAUUUAUUUUUCUCCGUUAUUUAGGUGUUGCAAACUUUCAUACUAUUUCCAUUUCGUUCGUGGUAUAUCGCUUGCAAUGUGAUUUUCGAAUAUUCGAGGUUGUAAAUACUCCUCGAAUUGGUAAACAUUUUAUUUCGUCCAAUAGAUUACAAUGAUUUUGUACAGAUAUAGGACGAUAUAAUAUCUUCAAUUUAUCGUUCGAUUGUUGUUAUCUUUUCCUUACAAAACAUAUAUACAAUACGAGAUGUUAGAACAUGCGUUUCGUUCGUAAUUAAAGAUAUUCGAAAGGAAAUAAGGAUAAGUACAUUUUUCUGUGUUUGAUGUCGCUUUACAGAUAGAAAGUAGAGUUUUAACUAAAUUGAAAUUGAAAUUGAAGAAUGAAAACAGAUCAUUACCCCGAAAGUAUAAGCCUCUUGAAAGUACACAUUGUAAAUCGAUUAUUCAACGAUCCAGCACACGAAUGAGAAAUCAUAAAUCGUAGGGAGAACCGAUGUCCUCUUAUUAUAUGAACUGUGAUUGCCCCACGAAGAGUUCAGAUAAAUGGAGUGUUGCGUUGGUAUUGUCUUUCUUCGAGCGGAAGAAUUAUCACGAGAAUGCACAAGAAACACGUUGAACCGUGCCAAAUUAUAUUACGAAGGGCGAUCUGGUCUGUUCGUUCGAUCAGUUUUAAUCGUGAUCGAAACGAUGAGAACAUUUUCGACGUGAAAUCGCAACUCUCGAUGCUUUCGUCGAGGAAACCGGAACUUGAUUUCCGCGUGAUGACACGCGUUACCAUACUUCAUUCCACGUUCUUCCUCUUCGUCGUUCUUCGACAGACUUUGAGACCCUCCGAAGUGAUGAAUAUUUAUAUAUUUUCGAGGCCUCCUUGCACAAUUGGGCAAAUUCGAAACAGUUUAAAAAAUCACGAGCUACGAGUUAUGAAUGCUUAAUAAAUUCUUCUGUAUAAAAAUGAAAUGAAUCAAAUUUUACAAGUGAAUCUUAGAAGGAUACAUUUCGAAAGGCUACAUUGAUUGUCCUAUUCGACGAAAAACUGUAAAGAUUGUUCGUGCGACAGAGGUUUAUAAUCUACAAUUUGUCGCUCAUCGAUUCGCUAAUAUCAUCAAUUUGUGAAUAAUUGUGCAAGAGAGCACCAGUAAUCGCGUGAUUGUUACGUGGGUGUUCGAUUCCUGGCCUCUAUUGUACAGUUAAACUAAUCAGUUUGUAACAUACGAAAUGCCCCGUUUUUAGUUCUAUCAGUUUUCUAAAUUCUUCUGUCAAUCAGUCUUUUUAUCCUUCUAGGAUGUGCCAUUUUAAAAGUCGGAAUCUUUUUCUUUCGUCACUUUAAUUCGUUGUUUACUCUUAUUCUUUCGUUUACGUAUAUAAAAAUGCUCUUUCUAAAACUUAUAUCGUAAAGUAUAAAUCGUUAAAACAUUGGACAUUUCGUACGUUACGUAGGAGGAUUAUCGAACACCGUGAACUUGCACGUUGAAACUUAUAUUUCAUUUCAUAAUGGAACCGUAAUUUUUCAUUCUCCAGUGUGGAACAAAAAUUUGUAUGCGUGUGUGCGUGUGUGUGUGUGUGUGUGUGUGUGUGUGUGUUUCGAACGAAAGUUGAGUUCUCGACCAAGAAGAACCUAUAUUCGUCAGGAUGGUCGAUUUAGGAUGAGAAUAUACGAGCUACCGUAAAAGAACGCUAGCUAGUCAAAGAUAACGCGAUAUCGCGAACGUAGCUCGCGUGUUCAACGAGAACAUUGUAAUAAAACAAGCAAAAGCAAAGAAAAAAGAAAAAGAGAAAAAUAGAAGAAAGGGAGGAAGUAAGAAAACGUAAUUAAAAAGUAAUCUUUUCCACGUGUUUUUACAUUCAAAGAGUCGCCCUGUGUGAACUGUUGCUCGGUGAAUUGAAUAGUUUGUAAUACAUAAUGUAUACAGUACGUUAACACGUUAAAUAUCAAUUGUACCGGAUUACGGUCCCAAAACGUUACAUAGUAAUUAUUAAACAAUAAAUUGUAUACAAUACGAGUAAUCGUUAGACUAUGUGUAUAGAUAUAAAUAUAAAUAUAAAUGCAAAUAUAAAUAUAAAUAUAAAAACGAGACACUUUAAUAUUAAUCCGUACGAAAUAAAGAAAUAAAGAUAAUUGUUCUUUCAACUUCGUAACGAUAACGAUCCGUCAUUUGUAAUAUAUUUUCGAGGACUCGUUUCAAAUGAGAGACAGAUGAUUUUUCGAGGAUUUCAAACCGGGACACGUGUGUGUGCGUCUGAUUCUCGGGAGACAAGGAUUUAAAAACAAAAAAAGAAAGAAAAGAAAAUGACGUUGCGUAUAAUGUAAGGUAUCCGCGUCACGGUGUGGUAAAGUACCGACAUUGCGUGCCUGAUUCGUUUGGUAUUCAUUAUACCGUGUUCUUGCGUGCAAUGAAAGAGGUGAAACCGAUACUUACAGUGGAUAGUAUAUUUUUUUGUAAAACAUUAGUUAGAGACUUAAUGGCGAACUGUUGAGUCGGUUAGUUAUGUAAAUAAUCGAGAGAGAAUCAAACGAAACGCGAGAUUGUAAUGCUGUUAAUGGAUUAUGCGAAAGAAGGUGCAUCAUUCGUGGUUUUAUGUCGACAGUAAAUAAUAAAUUGAAGAAAAUUUUGAUUUCGGUAUGAUCGAACGAGAUUAAAUUGAACUCACAUUAUUGCAAAGAUGAGAGUAAAAGAUCUUUAUUUGAAAUAUUAUAAAGAGUAUUAUAAAUAGAAUAACGUAACGUUAUUAGAAGUCUGAUAAAAAUAGAAAUACUUGUUUUACUUUGUUUUGUAAAGAUUUCCCCGUAUAAGGAUAUUAUACGAAAACGAUUGUUUAAUAAGAUAGGAAAUUUAUAUCGUUAUAAUUUCUUUGAUUUAUUACUUACGAGACUCAACGCCGUAACAAUUUCCAGCGUUUAAUCGUUUUUAAUAAUCGUUGAUAAUUAUUCGAAUAUUUUCUCAAACGAAGCGUUUGUUUGGCAAUAAAUCGCCUAUGGAAGAUUCACCUAAUUGCAGGACGAAAUUUUGGUACUGUACCAUACUCGAUUGUCACAUAUUUUUACAAAUGGAAGAAAAUUUCCGGGUGCACCACUCAGUCAGUCAUAGUUUUUCCGACGUUUUUUAAUGUUACCAUUGAUGUUAAUGCAUUUAAGAGUGUCACGGAGUUUAUGAAGAGAAUUGUGUCGGAGAUGUUUAAUUUUGUAAUAAAUUAUGAACUUAUGUAACUCAGAGAGCCUCAGAUUUGCAUUAUCUUUAUUGUUAAAAUGUAAUAUCUAAUAAACUUCUGUUAUAUUCAUUA